CAGUCAUUAGGAUAUGUGUUCACUCCAGCGCUCAGACCUCUCAUUACCCAACUUAUAGCCAAAAGAAGAUGUGAAUGGGUGGACACAAACCUCCGCUGGAAUACCAGUGAUUACGGAGGCAUUCAAGACCUGAGGAUAACGCCCGAAAAGAUUUGGAAACCCGAUAUUCUCAUGUAUAACAGUUAUGACGGAUUUGCAUUAGAUCUGAGACUUUCCAGCGAAGACGGCGGCGAUAUAUCUACUUAUAUAGCGAAUGGCGAAUGGGUUCUUAUGGGUCAGUACACUGUGUACCGGCAGUACGAACCGUGUUAUACUAUGCCUGUUGUCCAGAGCCUUAUGUCGACAUUACAUUUACCAUAA